UCAGCAUGUUCGGUUGCAGUCUCGCGGUUGUUGAUGUAGCUGUCAGAAGUCAGCAGAGGCAGAGGAGAGCUAGCAGGUAACAAUGCAGUUCCUGGGACGGCUGUUGGACACAGUGUCCUCUGUGUCAACCCUCUUCACCAACCCCUACCGGGUCAGGGAUGUGCCGCUCUCCGACUACGGUGGAGGAGGCAAAGUCAUGCUGAAAGAGGAGGGACGCAUAGUCCUGUACAAAAACAGCCAGUGCCAGUCAUGGGACUGUCUUCUCAUGUGUCCUGAGAUAUCUACUAUGACGCUGAGGCUGUUUCAGGUGGCGUCAGAGGAAGACGCCAUGAACUGGUUCCCCCAAUAUGCCCUCAAGCUCCGCCCCUUCUAUGAGACACUUCCUCUGAAGGCUGAGACCACCCAGCCAAUCGUGGACUGCAUCCGCAGCCACCCGGACUGGAGCUCUGCCCACAUUGCUGUUGAGACAGGCCUGAGAGAGUGUCUCAAACAUAACUACGUUCAGAGUCAGAUCAAUGCUCGGGAUGCAUCAGGUCAGACGCCGCUGCACCUGGCAUGUGAGCGUGGCGACUCGCAGUGUGUGAAGGAGCUGUUGGAUGAAAGCCAGGCGCGCACAGACAUCAAAGACCGCAAUGGAGAGACGCCCAUGCACUGUGCUGCCAAGCAGGAUUCUCCUGCCAUCAUCCAGGUCCUGUGCUCGCGGUUGUGCUCGGGGGUGAAUGAGCUGAACAACAACGGGGAGACACCGCUCCACGUGUCCUGCCGUCUGGGACGCAUGGAGUCUGUCAAAGCUCUGUUGGGGGGCGGAGCCAAGUGUGGUGUCAUUGGUGGCGCUGGCUACCCCAUCCACAGUGCCAUGAAAUACAGUGAGAAGGGCUGUGUGGAGGAGAUCCUCAAAGCAGAUCCAGACCAGCUCCAUGCUGAGGACUCUUUGUACGGAGGGACGCCUCUCCACUGGGCCAAAACUGCUGAGAUGUGUCGUAUGCUGCUGGAACAGGGCUGUGCAGUGAACUACCUUAGUAAGACCGGAGAAAGCGCCCUCCAUAUUCUGACCAAGAAGGGCCGCUUUGAGGCGGCCAUGGUGCUGCUCACCCAUGGAGCGAAUGCCAACCUGAAGGGCCAGGAUGGAAACACAGCCCUGCAUCUAGCUAUGAAGAUGGACCACAUAGACUUGAUCAAAGCUCUGAUUGUGUUCGGGGCUGAUGUGGAGAUCCACAACGACCUGGGAGAAACACCUGGACUCAUCGCUGCUCGAACCAGCAAAGGAGAGGGCAGCGCUACAAGUCCUAAUAGAAAGAUAUUGCUGGACAUGCUGUGUAGUGUAGGGGUCCAGCGGUGCCUCCCGCCCUCCCCCAGCUGUCCUCCCCCCAUCUCCAACAAGGCCAAGCCUCCAGGCAUAGGGUUUGAGGACAUCAUGUAUGUUGGGGCUGCAGUCAGUGCAAUGAGCAGAGACACGUCUGAAGUUGACGGCCCCGAGAAAAAUAAGAGGGACAGACUGCUGUGUUUGGAUGGUGGAGGUAUAAAAGGCUUGGUGUUGAUCCAGAUGUUGAUCGCUCUGGAGAGAGAGGCGGGUCGGCCCACCAGUGAGCUCUUCGACUGGGUGGCCGGCACCAGCACUGGGGGCAUCCUGGCCCUCGCUAUAACUCAUGGUAAGUCCAUGGAAUACCUGCGCUGCCUGUACUUUAGGAUGAAGGAGCAGGUGUUUAGGGGGUCGCGACCUUAUGAAUCAGCACCACUGGAAGACUUCCUGAAGAAAGAGUUUGGAGAGAACACCAAGAUGACAGAUGUCCGAUACCCCAGGGUGAUGGUGACCAGUGUUCUAGCAGACAGACAUCCAGGCGAGCUGCACAUCUUCAGGAACUAUGACUCUCCCUCCGGCCAGAGAGAGCCCCCAUAUGCCACCAAUGCCACUUUCAAGCCCCUCACCAUCCCACAAGGAUGGGAGGAUGAGGAUGUGUUGAUAUUAGGAUACACAGAGGAGCCAACCAGAAAGCGUAGGAAGGUGACAGAUGAAGAACAACUUGUGUGGCGAGCUGCCCGCUCCAGCGGAGCUGCCCCAACCUACUUUCGACCAAUGGGGCGGUUUCUAGAUGGAGGACUGUUGGCCAAUAACCCGACGCUAGACGCCAUGUCAGAAAUCCAUCUGUACAAUAAAGCUUUGAAAGCAGAGGGCCAUGGGAAGGAAAUUAAGAAGCUGGGUAUCGUGGUCUCCCUUGGUACAGGCAAACCUCCUCAGGUGGUGGUGAGCUCUGUGGAUGUUUUCCGACCUUCCAACCCUCUGGAGCUGGCCAAGAGCUUCGUAGGAGCCAGGGAGCUGGGCAAGAUGCUGGUAGACUGCUGUACAGACUCUGAUGGCUGUGCAGUCGACAGAGCCAGAGCCUGGUGUGAAAUGAUCGACACCAUCUACCACAGAUUGAGUCCCCAGUUGUCUCAGGAGGUGAUGCUGGAUGAAGUGAGUGACGCAGUCCUGGUGGACAUGCUCUGGGAAACCCAGAUGUACCUGUACGAGAAGAGGGAAACCCUCCAGUCCCUGGCAAAGCUGCUACUGGACAACUAAAUGCACAAGAAAAUCACAAGGAGAAACUGCGAAGUUGGAACUGUGAGAGCAGAACCGAUGUAGAUACUGUUUAUGAGAGCAAAGACGGGUCCCAUCAGUGAAGUCAAAAACAAGAGUGACUGGGCGUGAGACAAAAAUUUGUGAACAGCGUGUCUGAUUCAAGACGUCUGUGUUGGUGUGCUCUUUCUUUAAGACAAACUUUCUUGAAACUACGUGACCAAUGACACACAGUAGCAAAUAUGUGAAACAAGGCAGACUAACUAAAAUUAACAGAAAAAUGAGACUUUACGUAGCCUAUUGAAAGGCAAGUUAUGUAGCAUCAUGUGACCUUAUCACUGACCAUAUCGCUAUCAUGGCUUAUUAAGUUUACUGUUUGUAUAUAAACCAGUGAAAGUGAAUGUGGAGUGUUCCCUUCUUUGGUAUGUGAAUAUGGCGGAAAUGUAGGAAGAUCAACCAAAUCAAACUCUGUCAGCUAACUGUCGCCCUCACCUUCUUCAUAGUGUUGGGUAAAAAAUAGUCAGAGCAUGUUUGAAUCCAGUUUUGAGUGGUUGUGAUAAAACUAUCGUUUAACGUUAAAACUUCUCAUUUCUACUUCUCUUUUUUUCCUACUUCAUGUUAGUAGCCAAAAAGGCACUCAAUAUGCAGGAAUAUUCCCUAAGGCCAAAUGAUCAAAGGUACCCUGCAGUACUACUACACAUUCUGCAGUGUAGUACAGCUUGGAUGAUGGUGAUGAUGAAGCAGUUCUGCCUUAUGUGCCUGGGAUCCAAAUAUGUACCGUUUCCUUUUUUUCUCCACAACACAUUUUCAUGCCUCGGCCUCACAUCUACGGAUAACUUCCUUACACUGUUACAACCUCUCAACCUACUGUGAAUGUGUCUUGAGCACAUAUUUAACAUGUACCAUGUAAUGUGUCACAACUGGACUUGAAACUAGACUUCGAUUUUUAACUUACUUGAAAGACAAAGAAAAUGAAAACCCACUGCUACUUGCACAACAUUAACUAGGGGUUACAAAUUAUGUCCUGUUUUUUGUAUUUGAAAUAAUUUGUGAAGUGUAUACUGGUAAGGUAAUAAAAUAUAUUAAUAUGGACUAAA